AUGUCAUCUGGAUUUGAUCUAUCGAGUUUGUUAGAGAGCAAGAGGAAGCUAAGAUCGAUGUUUACUUCACGGAGGUCUGCGUCGGAGAUAAUGGAGAAUAUCAAAGGUAUUGGGAAAGAGAUGAACAUGAUGGUGAAGAAGACGAAGGAUUUCAAAGUGAAGUUACAGGGGAAAAUGGAAGGUAGAAAAAAGACAGAUUUCAGUGACGGCAGAGGUAUUAAUUGA